UCCCCCGUCGCGACCUCUCUCAGAUCGAUUCCAAUUUUGUUAAAAUUCUUGUUCUUAAUCCUCAAAUUAAAUCUUCUCUUCGAUCAAAUCGUUUCAUCCUCUAUCGAUUGACCUCUUCUUUUGUUCCCUUCAUCAGAAUUUUCACAAACCCUAAUUUUACGAUUUCAAUUUUUCGAUCUGCUUCAUCGAACCCCUAAUUCAGUCGUUCAAUCGGGUUUUUGGCAUCGAUUUGUGAUUUCUUUUGAUUCCCCCAUAUUAAAAGACGCUAGGAUUUAAAAAUUUUUCCCCUCGGGUUAGGAGCUAGGGUUUCAGCUCAUCUUUGGUUCUGAAACUUCGUUGGAUCUGUAAAUUUGUUUAGGGUUUCGAAUCAUGGGAGUUAAACGACCUUUUGAUGAGGAAGAUUUUCAGGUUUCUUCUGUAAAGCAAGCAAAACAACUUGAAUUUGACAAUAAGCAGACCUCAUUUUCCGAAGCCUUUUCUUCUGAUGACGUCUCUCAGAAUAGUGGUAGUCGAGCAGGUGACUUUGAUAAAUGUCAAUUGUUCAAGGAGCUUGGAAAUGAGGAUUCACGUUCUGCCUCAAGUUCGGCUGAGAAAGAGUUGGAGACUAGUGCACCCUUAUCAUGGGUGACCAGUAGCAGCGGUGAGGAAGAUGCUGGAUCUGGAGAACCAUUUUAUUUGUCCCUCUUUCCUGAAUUCUUUGAGUUCAACUUUCCUAGACGAACAGUUGUUCAUCUUGAAGAUUCCUAUGCAUCUUUGAUGAAUUCUUCUCCUAGGAAACAAAUUCCUAUUGGACCUAAUCAUCAAGCUGAAAUCCCACCAUGGGACCCACAAGCUGCCGAGACUGACCCUUUGACUCCCAAUAAUUGUGUUCGUGAUGACAAUGAGGAAGCAGUUGGAACUUGUAUCAUUUCAGCAUCUUUAUCUUGCUAUUCAUCACGUGAUGAAGUUAAAAUUGGCCAAGGAAGAAAAGAUUGUGUCUGCUUGGAUCGAGGUUCUGUGAGAUGCGUGCGACAGCAUAUCAAGGAAGCGCGAGAGAAAUUAAGAGAAGUUAUUGGUGAUGAAAAGUUUUUGGAGUUGGGGUUCUAUGAUAUGGGAGAGGAGGUGGCAGCUAAGUGGACUGAAGAAGAAGAACGACACUUUCAUGAAGUUGUUUACUACAAUCCUGUGUCACUAGGUAAGAAUUUUUGGAAGCAGCUAGCAGUGGUAUUUCCUUCCAGAACAAGUCGGGAUCUUGUUAGCUACUACUUCAACGUCUUUAUGCUCAGGAGGCGGGCUGUUCAAAACAGAUCUAAUCUGUUGGAGAUUGACAGUGAUGAUGAUGAGUCACAAGGGAAUGAUGGGGGUUUCUUCAGAGUUGUAGGAGAGGACGAAGAUUCUGUUGUGGAGUCGCUUGGGGAUCAAGAUGUUCAGGAAGGAUCUGAAGAUGAUAUCCCCUCUGAUGAUGAAGAUGAUGCAGGUGAUGAUGAUGAUGAUGAUGAUGAUGAUGAUGAUGACAGUGAUGAUGGCAAUGGUGAUGGUGAAGUUGGUAGGGACGGUGGUGUGGGAGCUGAGAGGGGGGAUGCUAUUGGAAUGGGUGAUCCGAGAGGUCAAAUUCUGAAGCCUCAGAUUGACAUAUUACACAAUGACUUCAGAUCUGAUGAUCUGCCUGGCAUGUUUCAGCUAAGGGACGCGAGGGAAAAUCACAAUUUUCAAGAGGAUUGCAGUACCUCUUCUGAAAGUCAGGUUUACAUGGGGGCCUCUUGUGAUUCAUUUGGUCUAGGGUGUGAUACAAGAGAAAGCAGACUGAAGGAGGAUUUUACUGGAUGCCUGGCUGGAGAGAGCAAUGGAUCAACUGAUGAUUUGGACUCUGGAUUUUUAUUGGAAUCUGGUGAUACAAAGGUUUGGGAUGACUCCUGUUCUACAGUUUUGGCUAAAGGUUUUGAUCUUUUGCCUACUUGCAACAUAAUUGAAGAGAUUUUUGGACCAUGUACUUCCAAGAGCAACUGAAUGAAGAGAUGAUGGUUCAAGCCUUUUGAAGACCUCAUCCGUCGCUGUUUCUCUUAACAUGUUCAGUGCCGGCCUGCUGAAUAUUGAGUAAUGAUUUUUCCUUCAGCAAGGGAAGGGACCUGAAUCCAAUUUUCCAUUUGUAAAUACCUUCUGUUCAUUAGAGUUGGGUGUGUCUGCCGAUAAGUGGCAUCAUGUCUCAGGGCGCCAGCCGUAAAUCCCUUGGCACCAAAAUUUUUGCUGUGUCUGAUAGGAAUGUUUGUUCUGAAUGAUGUGGUGCAAAAGCCUUUGGACUCGUGGGAAAGCUUUAAUUUAUGUUGUAGGCCGUAGCCGUUCUUUGUUUAAUUUCAUUUCAUAUUCCUCUGAUUAGUUAAUUUUCUGUAGCCUGCAGAUCAGCAGUUAAGUUUUGAGCUGAUCUGCAAAUUUUGGUCAGGGUCUAAUAAUGCCUGAUCCAUAUGCGUCUUGUACAUUGUAUUUGAGGCAUAGUGAGCUCUAUUUGAGCAUUGUGUUUGGGUCCAUAAAAAAUCCUCUCCAAUUCCAGUCC